AUGGACGCUGGCAAAGCGGGGCAGACCCUGAAGACUCACUGCCCAGCCCAGCGCCCAGAUGUCUGCAGGUGGCUGAGCCCCUUCAUCCUCUCCUGCUACGUGUACUUCUGCCUCUGGAUUCCCGAGGACCAGCCGUCCUGGGUCGCUGCCCUGGUCAAGUGCCUGCCCAUCCUCUGCCUGGCUGGGUUCCUGUGGGUCGUGUGCCCGGGCGGGGGCUACACCCGGCUCUUCCAGGGAGCCCUCUUGUGCUCGGCAGUGGGGGACGCCUGCCUCAUCUGGCCUGAAGCCUUCCUCCCUGGCAUGGCUGCCUUCGCCACCACCCACCUUCUCUACGUCUGGGCCUUCGGCUUCUCUCCCCUGCAGCCUGGCCUGCUGCUGCUCAUCAUCCUGGCCUGUGGCCCCUACCUCAGCCUUGUGCUCCAGCACCUUGAGCCAGAUAUGGGCCUGCCUGUGGCAGCCUAUGGGCUGAUCCUGAUGGCCAUGCUGUGGCGCGGCCUGGCCCGGGGCGGGAGUGCCAGCUGGGGCGCGCUGCUCUUCACACUCUCUGAUGGCGUGCUGGCCUGGGACACCUUUGUCCAGCCCCUGCCCCGUGCCCGCCUUGUGGUCAUGACCACCUACUACGCUGCCCAGCUCCUCAUCACACUGUCGGCCCUCAGGAGCCAGAUGGCGAAGACCGACUGACUAGAGAGCUUGAAGGGCCAGUAUUCAGGCUCUCUCCUCUUGCAAAGAUCUGGGCCUCCCAGAUCAGCCCAGCCUGAGAAAUACCCUCAGCAGCAAAACUUCCUCACGCCUGUCUGCAGGCGCCGCCGCCGCCGCCGCUUCCAGCUGAAGACGUUUGAGGACCAUUUGCGGAAUUCCAAGUCCACUGCUGGGUUCCAGCUGCCUUCUCCAGGUUCUGACUCCAGAUCCCUGGCUCCUCAGCCAGGCCCACACGUGGCCCUCCCAGCCACCAGCCCGCCUCCGUGUUCUGUGUCGGCCCCACAGUCUGCCCGCCCCCAGCUCCUGCUCUGAAUCCGUUUUCCUUGUCUUAGUAAAGUGGGUGUGGAACCAUCGAUGUUGCUGUUACCGUGGGAGAGGCCUCGGGGAAGAUCAUUGUGAUCAACCGUCGCGGUUAAUGACAGCAAACGGUUCUUGGUCACUCCCCAUGGACCAGGCCUGGUGCCCAGUGGGACCCUCCCUGGCCCUCUGGUGGGAGUGGAUUUGAGGAGAUAAAGUGAGGAUUGUGCAGAACUGAGCCAAGAGAACUGUUUGGUUAGUUUCUGUGUUAGUUUCCUGGGGCUGCCGUCACAAAUUACCCCGAACCAGAUGCUUUGAAACAAGAUGAAUGGACUCUCUGCAGUUCUGGAGACCCGAAGUCCAAAAUCAGGGUGUUUUCCUGCCCGUGCUCCCUCUUAAGGCUCUCGGGAAGAAUCCAUCCUUGCCCUCUUGGCUUCUGGAGGCUCCCAGGAAUCCCUGGCUUCCCUCGGCCUGUGGCUGUGUCUCUCCAUCUUCACGUGACUGGCUUCACCGGGCAGCCUCCCUCUGUGUCUGCAUCCUUCUAGGGACACAGGCCAUUGGAUUUAGGGCCCACCGUAAACCCAGGGUGAUUCCAUCUCAAGAUCCUAAAGUAUGUGUGCAAAGACCCUGUUUGUAAGUAGUGUCACCUGCAUAGGUACCUGGGGUUAGGAUUUGGACAUAUCUUUUUAGGGGACAGAACCAGCUGCAGUCACAUGCAGUAUUGGGAGAAGGGUAGGAGGCUUGAGAAUGAGGAGAGAGGGUGGCAAGGGGGUAGGAAUCAAAUGGGAAGGAGGAACCCAGCUGUGCUCCUUGUCAAGGCUGUGUGACCUUGGCAAGCUGCUGUCCCUCUCUGGUCCUCAGAUUCUGCAUCUGAAUACUUGACAGGGUCCAAGCUGCUCUCCAAGACCCUAUUUGACUUCUGCAUCCAUGAUGUGCUUUUAGUGACUCAUAGCAGAGAGGCGACUUCUCCAUCCAUGGUCAGCGUUUAGAGACUCUUACAACAGAGAGGCGACUUCUCCAUCCAGGACCUGCAUUUCGGGACUCGCGGAUGUGAGAGUACAGAGGUGGGAAGGGAAGGUGGGGAUCCUGGAGGACAGGGACCAGGAAGGAAAGUGAGGACAGGAAUCCACAGUUGGAGUGAGGAGAAGUGGAAGUUGAGGGAUUUCCCUCAGUAAGAGUCAGGCGUGAGGAGGAUCUGAAGGAUUGCACUCAGGCUUGAAACCUCCACUUCCUCCUCUCCUACCCUCCUCUCUACUCAGACCCGAUGAAAGGCGGGGAAAGAGGAAAUUCCACAGUAAAGUGCAGCUGGAGGGACGGGGCUCUGGGUGUGCAGAUUCCAGGGGCGCAUGGGGCCUGCAGACAUGAGGGGUUCCUGGGAGUGAGGGAGGAGGGGCUGGAGCCUGGACCCCUGGGUCUGAGGGAGGAGGGGCUGGGCCCUCCUGCUGGGGUGGGACUCAGCAGCCUUCAUUCCGAUCCUGCAGGUCAGACCACCCCUGGGUCUGAUUCCCUGUCUGGUCCCUCCCCAGGCCCUCUGGACGACAGAGGCCACAGCAGCAGGUUAGUGACCCCAUCAGCCUCCAUCCUGCACGUCUAGGAAGGGCCGUGGGAUUCCCUCUUCUGUUCACCACAGAGCCUUCUCCUCAUGUCUCAGCCCCCAAGGCAGUCAGAAUCCUGAGUGCGGAGGCUCAGACCUCCAGCUCCAUCACCCUGAGCUGGGCAGCCCCAAGGGCUCAGACCUGCAGACUUCCAUCUACUGGGUCCGGGGGCGGGCAUGACCAGCGGGAACACAAGCACGUCAGACUGCUGGCUAGGGGUGGAGGGGCUUCAGCCUGAGACCCUCUACACCUUCUCUGUGUGGGCCGAGAGGAAAGGAUUAGGUGGCCGCAGGGAUGUCCUGAGCAUGUCCACAGGUAAGAGGGGCCACCUGUCCACUGCCCAGCAACAUGUGCGUGUGUGUGCGCGUGUGCCUGUGUGUGUGCACGUGCGUGUGUUUGCACAUUUGUAAAAAGUGCCAGGCUGUGCACUUUAUUCUCAUGAUUAGAGCCACAAACAAACUUCAUCAAAUGACUCUUCUUUCCACAUUCCCAGACUAGUCCCUGGCCUGGUCACACAGGCUCAGACCACCAGCUCCCUCACCCUGAGGCCCCCGCAGGCCGAGACCCCAAGACCUGCCCCUGGCUCCACUGGGCCAGUGACUCCUCAGACAUCAGGGUGCCUGUGGAGGGCCUGACUGCAGGGACCCAGUACCCCAGCAUGUGGGCGCAGUAGCAUGAGGUCAACAGCCCCAGUCAGAUGCUCACAGAGGCCACAGGUGAGAGGGGCGAGAGCACCCCGGGCUUGGGGAGUAGGAGGCCUCAGGAGGCCUCUGGCUUCUGGGCUCCACUGAUAGGGUGCAUGCCUCCAUAACAAGCAGGGCCGUGGGAAGGAGGGGAUGCUUCCCUUUCCUCUGGAGGCCCGGGGACUAUGGCGUGUGAUCUGUGAAGCAGGUUCCCUGUGCACUGGUUACCAAUUUACCAGAGCCCGAUGAGACAA